CAGUUUACAUAGCGGACCUAGAAGUCGCGUUGCAGCUACUGUACGCAUAUUUUUUCUGGUAACGUCUUUCUCAACGUUGCUGUCAAAAUUCAAAAUCUUUCCAAUCAUUUCAACCGAAUUCUCGCAACCACCCGAACACUUCCAUCCACUAUCUAAACCUGGAUACAUACUUAGGUGCAUUAACUAAGGCGCUUUCGUUUGCCUUAGUAUCUUGUGCAUCCGUUUAGAUCAUUGUUUGAUUAAUUCUCCGUAAUCACAUUCAUUAAACAACGAACGGAUCGACCGAAGGACGAGGACAAUGAGGCCAUUGAUCCUGCAUAAUGUUCCGGACGAGGAACUCUACACCGGCGACGACGGUGUCCAGCGGCCUUAUGCCAUGGUAUGGCCCGAUGGCGAUCGCCAGCGAAACCUCCCACGUACGCGCGCACGAGAGGUGACAGAAUCGGGUUCUUUCGGCAAAUCGACUAGGAGAUCAAGGUCGCGGACAGGCAGCGCGCCUCCAAAACGCGAAGAUGCUACUAUGCAAAGUGCCGACAAAGUCUUCACCAGUUACUUCAAGAAACAAGCUACCGCUACGACUGCGACGACGACAAAUACAACCACCUCUUCCGCACAGCGAAAGUCUGGUUUCAUCGGCCAGGCUACUUCGCAGGCGCAAGAAGAUUCUGCUUCCACUGCGCCGGUAUCAACUUAUCGAAAGGAACCUACUGAAGUCAUCUUAAGAGGCUACUCAUCAACGUCGCAACAAUAUGCAGCCAUCAACCACUACGAACAACUAGCAGGGAGGAUCUGUGAAGACUACUCUAGAGAGCCUCCGAUAGAAUCGCGGCGAUACAAGUCAGAUCUACGAGAUCCCGCCUUAACAAGGCGACAACCAUUAACAAACCUUGAGCGAUCUAAGGUUAGCAGAGUUGCUGGUGGAGAGCACUGGGUGAAAAUCACAUUUGAGUCGGCAGAGGCUGCAGAGACUGCGUUAUAUGCCUCUCCACAGAAGAUAUUCGGCUACCUGGUCUACGCUGAACCAUAUCACGGCUUGCCCCCUAAGGAGGACGCAGCCGUAUUGGACGCAGUGGGCGACAGUGGUAUGAUCGAUCCGUUUAGAUCGAGAGGUGUGCCGAGACGGUCAUCGCAACAUCGCGUAGAGAAGGCCGCAGGAUUCCCUAAACCUGCUCCGGCUCCGGCACUGGAACGCACUAUGAAGCAACACGAGUCCCCUACAGGAUCGCAAAGUUCGACCCAGACGUUGGAUACGGCCACCGCAUCUACAGUGACUGUAACGGGAGCGGCUCUAGAACAUACCCAGAACCCGGAGCAGCAAGACGGCACCUUUUGCCGACGGAUCCCCGAGGCUCGGCGAGUUAAGCUCUUGCCGGCCGAGCAGGCCCUUGCUCCUCAACCCACUUUUCAGCAGUGGCUGCUUGCUUGGAUCCCGUUGAUAGGAUGGUUCGGUGGUUCUAUGAUCGGUAACGAAGUGCCACGAAACGAGGUCGGGGAAUUCGACUUCAACAGAGCCAGCCUGUACUGGAAGUUGAUGUUCUACCUCGACCUAUGGUUCAGCCUCUUCGGCCGCGAGCUCGUAAGUGGCGAUAAGGACGACUAGGGUACCUUGCCCACAACGUCGGCUCCGACUUAGGCUUUGUAUAUGACGUUAUAAGGGGAUGGUAACGAGAAGGCGAGGCAGUCUCGCAAUUAUGCAUUCUGGAGUUGAGGGAUACGGCAAAAGACAACAGUUAAUGAAAUGCGAAUGCGUACCCAAGGGCUUGUUGGUUCAAGAUAAUAAAGUAUAGGGGGUGAUGCUAUACUUGGUGUUACGAUUACUAUAGGCAAACUGGGCGUGCAACGGGAGCUUAGGCAAUUACCUAAGCUCUUGCGUAAUAUGCGUGCCAUAAUCGAUUAAUAAGUCUACUUUAUGAUGGUUGUAUAUAAAA